CAAAACAAGACAAUUUGUGACGAUUUCCCUUAAAAAAUAUUAAAAACCCAUAAAAAUAAUUUUAAAAAAAUCCUAAAAAUCAUCCACAACGAUGGUCAACAAAUCCGACGUCAAAGAAAAAGAUGCAAAACGGCGAAAAACAUCAACAGGAAGCGAAACAACUCCCACAAAAGUCAUCCCUAAAGACGAUGUUUAUGCGAGCGUCAUAAACUACGAAGAACAAGAAGCGCAAAAACGUUCCGCUGACAAAGAUGCCGCUCUCUUCAAAGAAACUUGCGAAAAAUUCAAACAAAUCAUCUCCGAAGUGUCAGAAUUAAAAAAGCAACAAACUCCCGAAAACGACGAAGAAAUAAAAGCAAAAAUUGAAGAAAAGCGGAUUGAAGGUUCGUUACUUUUUAUUUUGCUGAAGAAGUUGAAUCGCUUGGAUAAACUUCGAGUACGUGCCGGACGUGACGCUUUGAACGCGGAAAAAGUUCGUGUUGACAACAUCAAGCUUCAGCUGCACAAUUUGGCGUACGAAGCGGAACAUUUGAAGAAGGAAGUCAAGCGUUGUCACGAUUUCAAGAGUCAGGACGAGGAAAUUGAGUUGGUUGAAAUUGAUGAAUUUUACGAAAAAGCUCCCGCGAGUAUUUCGCGCCCGGAAAAGACCAAAAAAGACGAACAUGCGUUGCGUUUGGCUCGUCUGGAAUGGGAAUUGGAGCAAAGAAAGGACCUCGACGCCCAAUGUAGAGAGUUAAUUUCGGCGAAAAAGCAAAUUUCGAAGAAUAUUAUCACAAAAACGGAGCGAUUGGAUUCGUUAAAGCCUCGUUUAAAGACACUUUUGGAAGCAACGCGUCCCCUGCAAGAAGCUCUGGACCUAAAAAUCGAAGAUCAAUGGGAAAUUCAGAAAUGCGUGCGACUUUUGCCCAAUCCGCUGUAUUUGUUGUACGCAAAUGUCGUCGCUUUUAGUGAGGCAUGCGAUCCGUUGAUCACGACAACCAUCAAUGGCGACGAGGAAGAUGCCCGACAAGAAAUUGAGCCGAAAAAUGACCUCGACGAGAGUUUAGCGGCGACCGAGGAGACAAAUCACGACAGCGACAACGACGAAAAUGAAGGAGAUGUCGAUGCGGAAUCAGCUCCGAAGAAGCGGCAUCAUCACAAUCGUCAAUCCAAGAUGGCGGCGAUGGGACAAAAGAAGGAUUUGCUCUUCAAACCUCAUCCCUUAUCCAUUACGGUGACAAUUAGCACGAAAGAAAAGGGAAUUGCGCUUGCCAUAACGUUUAAUUACAUCCCGGGCUUGCAUAUUGUGACGACAAAUUCGAAACUUGUGAAUUUCGAUGUCGCUGGAGUCGCUGCGGGUGAGGUUAUCCUCGUUGAAACGCUCUUAAACAGUCUUUUCCCCGGAGAUUUUGGCAAAUUAAGCCCAAAUCCACGCACAAAAUACCAAUUGGAAGAACUUCAGAUCACUCCGGGGGAAUUUUUGUCGUUUUUAUCGCAAAAACAACUCGGCAAGCCUUAUAUGUGGGCGCAACGGGCAUGCGGAUUGGAUUUUAUUAAUACUUCAACUAAUUCAACGUCAGCUAAUCUCGCGGAAACUACAAUUCCGCAAAUUAUUAAACAGAUUCGGGCCAGAUUGCAAGCCCGUGUGAAGCUUUAUAAGCAAAUUUUGGCAUUAGAAUCGGGUAAAAUUGAUGGCGCAGGUAAGGGAGAUGCAAUUGGGACUCGUGUUUCGGGACAUUUGGUUCAAUGGAGCGCCAUUUCGUAUGAGGAAUAUCAAAUGUGC